AUGCAGCCAGGCUACGCGGCCGUCCUGUGUGUGGUGGCCGUGCUGGGGCUGGAGGCUGCGGCGCCGGGCGAGUGCGAGCUGAGCCGCCUGCUGCAGGACAAGCUGCAGUACGAGAUGCGCCUGCGGUACCUGAAACACUACUUCCCCAUCGACUACACGGUGCAGGUCCAGUACGAAGAGGUGCUGAGGCCAGCCAACAUCACCCGCCUGCGCAAUGGGACGGUGUCGGAGCUGGCCCUGCGGUACCUCUGGUUCCACAUCAGCUCCCAGGCUGUGCUGCGCAUCCGCGAGGUGCUGCCAGAGAAGCAUCCGUCCUGGAGGUACACCCAGGAGCUGGCCUGGCUCUUUGAUGCCCUGGGUGAGGAGUACAGCAAGUACCAGCAGACAGACGUGGAGGAGGUGGUGGCCGAGCUGGUGAAGGUGGUGCACAGCGCGGGCGCGGAGAGCCGGAGGAAGGCUGUGCGCCCCAAGGCGCUGCUGGACAAUUGCCUCAAGGUCAUGAGGAUGCUCUUCGGGGCGCACUGCCAGAUCUUCACCCCCAUAUAG